UGUCAGGCAUCUUGGGUUUUUCGUGGUGAAUCUGCGUCUUGUUGCCAGAGUUUUCCUCAAUUUUCAGUACAAUUAGAUCCUCUUGUGGUGUUUUCUCAUCUGGAUUAUCCUCUCCAGGAACUGCCCCGAGUGUCCCCAUUGCCGCCAGCACGGCGAAGUCUGUAGUUUUGCGCGAUGGAGGCGUGAAGAAAAAGUGCUCUCUUGCUGAAACAGUGUCCGGAUGGCGCUUCCAUUCUCUCGCUGUGCGAAAAAAUCAUCUCCAGCCCAUCUUGGGCAGUGAUUAAGUGCUCAAGAAAUAUGAAUUUCGUGACACAUCUCGUCAAUUAUCGUUACAUAAUAGCCAUUCGCGGUGUGUGUUGCGCGUAAGGCGGGACUAAUUAUCCUGCAAUACUUUGGCCCUGAGGAGUCUCAAGGAAUCUUCCCAGCAACUUCCCAAUCUUCAUGGAUCUCCAGCGUAAAUCUCCAGUGAACUUCAACAGGAGCUCGUAAAAUAAUCGAAUAGAACUUCGCAGCUUGAGAAUGCAUGGAAUGGCGAGCAGUCGUGUGGGUGUUUACGAUGGUAAAAUUGCUGGCUUGUACGAUUUGGAGGAGACUCUCGGUUCGGGUCACUUUGCCGUGGUGAAGUUGGCAAGGCAUGUUUUCACGGGCGAAAAGGUGGCCGUUAAAGUAAUUGAUAAGACUAAAUUGGACGAAGUGUCUCGAGCGCAUCUGUUUCAAGAAGUUCGAUGCAUGAAACUCGUCCAGCAUCCGAAUGUCGUGCGACUGUACGAAGUGAUUGACACCCAAACCAAGCUGUAUUUGAUAUUGGAGUUGGGCGAUGGAGGCGAUCUCUAUGAUUACAUUAUGAAGCACGAGGCUGGCUUGUCUGAGUCUCUGGCGCGUGACUAUUUUCGCCAGAUUGUGCGUGCCAUCAGCUAUUGCCACCAGCUGCAUGUGGUGCAUCGCGAUCUGAAGCCGGAGAAUGUGGUGUUCUUCGAGAAGUUGGGCGUGGUGAAGUUGACUGAUUUUGGAUUUAGCAAUAAAUUCUGCCCGGGACAGAAGCUCGAGACAUCCUGCGGAAGUUUGGCGUAUUCAGCGCCGGAAAUACUGCUAGGAGACUCUUACGAUGCGCCGGCUGUUGAUAUUUGGUCGCUGGGUGUCAUAUUGUACAUGCUCGUGUGCGGCCAGCCGCCUUUUCAGGAGGCCAAUGACUCGGAAACUCUCACCAUGAUCAUGGAUUGCAAGUACACGAUGCCAAUUCACAUUUCAAUGGGCUGCAGAAGCCUGAUAUCCAAGAUGCUUGUGCGAGAGCCAGACAAGAGGGCGACUCUGAACGAGAUAUCACAGGACACGUGGCUGAUGGAAGGUGGACCAGAUCAUGGACCUGAAUAUCUGCCUCUCGUAAGUCGCGAGCAAGUGAGCGAAGACGACCACACAUUGAUAAUCCAGAAGAUUGUCAAUGGCAAAAUUGCCACCAAGGAUGAAAUACUAGAAGCUCUGGAUAAGAAUGAGUACAACCACAUAACGGCCACAUACUUUCUCUUGGCGGAGCGAAAACUGCGCGCUCACCGGCAAGAGCAGGCGCAGAAGCGGAAGCCGGAACUGACAUUGCCUGUAUCAGGAGCUGGACGACUUUCUCCAAGAUCAAGGGGUCAAGGUGUUAAGCGGGAGUCACAGGAGGACAAGGACAGUUCCCAUCAGCAUUUGCUAGUGCCUUCAAUUAAUGCCACACAUUUGAAUCUGCCCCGAACGCCGGGCGUGGAGGGAAGUCAGACUGGGCGUGCGCGGAAGUGCAGCAUUGUGCAGGAGGACGACGAGGAGGAUGAGAUUUCGGCGUGCUCUGGACGCGAGGAAUUGUCAGUGCCGUUGAAUAGGCGCGGCUCACGCUCGGAGGGUCGCAUAAAUAUCGCCAUUCAGGAUCGCAUUGCGGCCGAGAGUGAGCGACUGAUGAAGAAGGAUGUGAGCGCUGGUGCUGCGAAGGGGUGUCAAGUGAAGAAGGUCGAUGGCAUUUCCGGUGUCACGGUGAUCACGAGUGACAGCAGCAAUCCGAUGGCGAGACUUGGCAUGUCUGCAGUUGAGCGCCAGCGACUCCCGUUGGAGAUGUUGAACAAAAGUGUGGCCGCACUGAAGGACGCACGAUCAAAUUCCGUGGAUCACGAGAACUAUCGUGCUGGCGAUCAGGAGAUGUCAACAAUGAAAGUGCUCACAGACUCGUCCACCAUCACAAUUCCCAUCACUAGUCAGGGCGGCGGACAGUGUGCUGAGUUCACCAAUGUGCCAAAGUACAAGACGAUGCCGUCACCGACGCGCGGUCUCAAUGAGAUCUUCGAGGAGGCGACAGAUGUGGGCUCAGACACGAGCGGCACGACAACUCCGCGGCCCAUUCAGCGGCACAAUCAGUUCACAAACAGUCGCGCACAGAGUCAGGGUGCCGCGCAGCGCCGCUCUAAGUUCAACAAAACGCGCACGGCGUCGUGCAGCAGCUCAGACGCGUCAGAUGACGAUUCGGAGAAUCGCAAGAAGCGCGCGCACAAGAUUGUGGACUCGGUGACGAAGCCGGUGCAGCAGAGGCGCGACUCGCACGAUGACUCGAGUGAUUCACAGGAGCCGGGCAAUGCGCCGGCUUCAGGUGGCGCCGGGGCGCACAAUGGAACGCAUCCGCUGGUGAAAGUCACGUCGCCGACGAACACCACGGGCGGACAGAACAGCACGGGUGGUGGAGGUUCGGGCACGUCGGCGGGUGGACAGCAGAAGGCGGGCAAUGGUCAGUCGAUGGGCUUUCGGCGGCAUCGCGCCGGGCGGCGAAGAGCCAGCGAGACGCGCCUGCGCGAGAGCCAGAGCCUGAACAGGAUAACGGAGGUGCAGGAAUCCGAGCCGACGGUGCCGCCGAUGCUCAUUGCGGCAGCGGCGGCCCAGCCGCCCGCCACGACGCCGACGAGUGGACAGAAGCCAAAGGGCUUCAGCGCGCGCUUCCUGCAGGGCUUCCGAAAGUCCGAGGCGACGUCGCCGAUGAGCAGCGGCGGCGCGCAGCAGGACAGCAAUGACAAUGACGUAGAGAUGGUGUUGGGCGUAGAAUUGGUGAAAGCACUCAAAGUGUCAAAUAGCACAGAAACAAAGACAUCAUCCACCACAAAGAAACUAAAAAUGUUAGGAAAAUAUUUUCAGGUGCACAAGAAACUGUGCAUUCCGUUGCCAAAUCUGUUUCAACGCGGACGUCUUUACAAGGCGCAAUCCUGCGGAUCCCUCGUGCGCGACAAGGUGAAUCAGGCGCCAAGUGGUGGCGGCGGCAGCGGCUCCAGGAGCGGCCGCGGCAGCGAGAGCAACGUCCGGCACUCGGCACUGUUCUCCGACAGAGACAGAAUCUUGCGCAACUGUCUGGGCGCGUCGCGGCUGCUGGGCAGCGACGGGGACAUCAAUCAGAAUGACAAGACGCCCACGAAUCCUGUGGUGUUCUCGAUGCCGGCGCAGCGCGCCGAAGAAGCAGCUGCCAUCCAUCUGGACGCUUCGCUCUGCAGAAGCCAAUGCUGAUGCACGAUCGAACCGUAAGUCAAUCAAUCAACAUCCUAAAUCUGGAUUCUCUAAACACACGCGAUGCAAAAAAAAAUCCCCUUAUUGAGACGUCCUGUAUUUUCAAUUGAUCAACUCUAUACAUUUAAGAUAGGUGUGUUUUUUGGUAUGAUUAUUGCAUUAAGAAAGGGAAUAAAAAAAUAAUAUAUUUUUGUCAAUUUACACCGAGGAAAAUUGUAUGCAAUUUACUAGUUAUUUAUUUAAUGCGUAGUCUCUUUGUAUGAAUAAUUGCAGAAAGGAAGAAACACUCGAUUAUUGUCUCUAUAAAUGACCAAAUAAUUUACAAGAAGUAAAAGAAUAUCUCAAAUUUGUGUAUAAGUGAAAUAUUUCAUCUUCUAUUAAACAUUUUAUCAUGACAACGUUGAUUUUAUUUUAUCCAUGUAUUAAAAACAUUGUUCUUUUUGGUUUAUCGAUGACAUCUUGACAAGUGGAUACAAAACCUAAUCGAAUCCAGCAGAACUUAUGCUUUUUAGACAAUAAAAAAAAAUCUCAAGCAUUACUUUAAUAUAAAGAUGUUGUAAUGAUUUAUUUUAUAAAGAAACAUCCUCAAACACUUUUCCCUCCGUUUGCAAAGACCUCACAAAGACUCCUUUACUUUAUUCAAGUGUUAAUGUUUUUUUUCUGUCGUUUUCUACUUAGCAAAAGAAUUGUCAAACGUCACAGUGCGAAAUUCUAAAAAGUGUUGCAAUACUUAAUAUUACUUUUUUCAAUGUGUUUGUUUUUUUUGACAUGGAAAAUGUUAAACUCUACUUCCGACUUUGCAUAUCAAAUGUUUUUUUUUUUUAGUCAGCAAACAAUGUCUGAAUGAAUUGUGACUUGAAUUUUGUUCAAUUCUUCAUAUUUAUUGAGAAUUGGGAACAUUUCUCUAAAGACGAUUGAAUAAUUAUUGAACUUAACAGCCAAAUUAUUAUUCGUGGACCAAAGUUUUUUACACUUUUCUUUGGACUUAUUAAAUGAUAUUGGAAUUAAUUGAUAGAAUUGAAUGAAAUAAAAGUCCCAGACAAUUGGAAAUAAUUACAUCAAAAUAGCAGUAAAAUUAGUGUUUUUCGAGAUUGCUUAGUUUUUUUUUCUCUAGAAAGUGUAAAUAAUUAUAUUCGUAGAUAAACAUUUCUUUCGUUUGUCUUAAUCAAAUUGAAUAUUGAUUUCAUAAAAGUACCUAAUUAUAAAUCAAGCAAAACAAGUAUGCGAAAAUAUUGAUAGAAGAAGAAUUUUAAGAAAAUGUGAAAGAAUAGAGAAGGAAGAAAACAUAGCUAAGCAGUGAAGCAGUGAAGUAGUUGUUUAUUUUUGUAUGUGCCGUGCACAGAAAAAUUGCAAUGUUUUUUUUUUGUAUAAUUCAAUAAUGUUUUAACAAAAAAAAAUCGUCUUGAUAUGAAGAACAUUUUUGUGAGUUAGAGAGAGAGAGAGAAAGAAAUAAGUUUUUUGUUAGCACAAAUUUGCAAAAGCUAUUCUAAAGGGAUGAAAGAGAGGGAGAAAUAAAAUUACGUACUUAAGUUUUUAAUGUGUAAAAGGAAAUCUUUCUUAUUUGCAAUGUUUAAAUGAUUUUCCCGUAAAUAUUUGUGCAAUAAAUUUAUUAUUGUGUGACAUUUUAGUUCCUUAGCAAGGAUUUAUUAUUUGAGUUUUCUGACAGGAAACAGAAGAUAAGAAAAGCUCUAAAAUCAAAGUAAAUACAGAGGAAUUACGUGGAAAAUCAGAUGCAACGUUUUUGAAUUCUAAAUUUACCGACGAAAUGUCUGCAAAAAUAAACCAUAAAAAUCACAGAAUACACAAUAAUAUUAAAAAAUGAAUUUACUCAUUAACUAAACUAAAAAUAUACAUGAGAUAGAAAACAUAAAUAAGAUGAGAAAGACUUGAAAUAAUUUACACAAUUGUUGUUGAACGAAGUGUUACAAUAAUAAUUGAAAAAAAAAAUCACAUUCAUUAUGAAGAAGAAGAAAAAAUAGAUAAAUGUUGAUUAGACAGCUUCAAAAAAACAAAGAAUAACAAUUCGAGUUCCCUUUUUUCAUGGAUUCAUUUAUCGAUCUUAUCAUUGUCGAAUAUACUAAAUAUAAACAGCAUUAACUUAAUACUUAGAUAGGGGAGAAAAAGAAACAUUUAUGAAAAGUCUUAGUUAAAUGUGUGCUCUAAGAAGUCGUCUAAAUCCUGACCUGGUCAAUGGAGAUUGUAUGAUUAUGUAGAACAAUGUUCAAUGUUUCCAAUAGUUAAAUAACGCUAAAACAUAGACUAGACACUAUUGAAGUUAUACUUUUAAAAGGAAAUCUCCUCAAUUCAAUCAAUGAGAAUUUCAUUUACAGAUGAAUUUUUGUGUUUCUUUUUUUUUGUCGAUGAGAAAUUGAGGAGAUUGUUGUCACUUAAUAAUCGUGUAAAAACUGUAAAAUGUAGAGUAAAAAUACUCAAAUUCCAAAUUAUUAUUCCAAUAGUGUUACACAAAAGGCUCCCAAAUCUAAUACUUUUUAUUUCAUAUUGAAUAUCGAAAUAAAUUAACUUGUUAUUCAUUUACACACUUUUGCUCACUCGUCGAUUUAUGCUGGUUUUUAGGUUAUUUAUUAACACUACAUCGUAGUUCAAAUAUACAAGAGAAAAAACUGAGGAAAAAUGCCAAAAAUGAUUUAUUUAAAGAUGAAAAUAUGUAAUGAAUAUUUAUUUGUGUCCUUGCGUGAAAAAGCGCAGUUUAAGGGCUUCUUUUGUGGACGGUAUUAUAAUAUUAGAUGAAAGAAUGAUCGAAUAUUUAUUUUUAUGUUAACAAGCUGGUCUUGUUAUUUGAGGAAAAAUUAAAGAAUUUAAUAUAUUUUUAAUUUUUUCUUUCUAGUGUAAUUUGAGAAUUUCACGUCACAAAGUUUAUUUAUUACAGCAACACUAAAAUUACAAUUACAGUAUAAGAUUUUGUGAAAUUUUUCGAAAUGUGAAAUGAAAUAAUUGAAUAAAUAUUCAGAGAUUGUAUGUAUAAUUGCGA